AUGCCUUAGCUCUUUUAUUAGAUUAAGCUAUCGCUAGUCCUAUUGAUUCUAUUAUCCAGUCUCCCUGUUUUUGCUAUUUAACAAAAUACUAUUUAAUUUGAAGAAGCAAUAAACAAUUUAAGUUUCCUUCAAUUGGAUAAUGAGAAGCAACAAGGGACUAUCAUAAAGCCUUUAAUAGAUCCAAAAUCAUACAAAUACAUUGAAUUGGAAAACAAGUUAAAAGUAUUGCUUAUACAUGAUCCGAACUCAGAAAUUGCCACAGCUGCACUGGAUGUGUAAGCUGGAUCUUGGAAUGAACCAAGUGAAUAUCCUGGCUUAGCCCACUUUUGUGAACAUAUGUUAUUUGUUGGCUCUGAUAAAUAUCCCAGACCUGAUUAUUUCGAUGAAUUAUUGGCAAAAGGAGCCGGCCGUUCCAAUGCUUAUACUGAUGCUUAACCAAUACUAAUUAUUAUUUUGAAAUUACUUCAUAAUACUUAGAUAAAGCCUUAGAUACAUUUGCUCAUUUUUUUAUUGAUCCUUCUUUUUAAUGAAGAUUUAGUAGAGAGAGAGAAGAACGCUGUUAAUUCUGAGUACGAGAUGGAUGUAUCCUCAGAAGAUUGGAAAAUCUAAAAUUUAUUUACAUUAUUUGCUGAUCCUAAACAUCCUGCAAGCAGAUUCAGUCUAGGCAAUGAUGAAGUGUUGAAAAAGAAGGGUAUUGAAAAUGCAUUAAAAUCCUUUUUUGAAUAAUAUUAUUCCUCAAACCUUAUGAGUUUGGUUAUUUAGAGCAAAGUUAGUUUGUAAGACAUGGAACGAUUAAUUAAGCCUUUUAAUCGGAUCAAGAAUUAAAAUUUAUAACCUUCUCAAUUUAAUGCAUUUCCCUAUCAAUUUGGAUUUCUAUGCAAAUACAAAACUGAAAAAGAUCAAUUGACUUUAAAUUGGUAACUUAAAGGAAGAGAAUAGUUCACUCAUUAAAAACCAAUUGAAUUUUUAGAUUAUAUCAUAUAAAAUGGAAAUCUCGUAGAUUUUAUGAAGGAGUAAAACUUGAUUAUUUCUCUUUCUUCUGAGGUCUUCAUGGAGGAGUCUUCAUAUACUAAUUACAUGAUGGAGAUAGUUUUAACUGAAAAAUCUCAAGAGAAUGAGGAAGUUGUUGCUGAAAUAACUAAAAUUAUAUUCAAUUACAUUCAAAAAUUAGAAAAUUGGUUAUCAGAUGAUGAAUACAUCAACCAAGUAUUUAAAGAACAAAGAAAGAUUUCUAAAUUGAAUUUCAACUAUUUAACUGAACAAUUGGAUACUUCAACUAUGGCCAGAAUAUUGAACCGAUAGAAACCAAAUGAGGUACUUUCCUCGGAAUUCAUUAUUGAUACUUUGGACAAGGAUUUAAUAUUAGAUUACAUUCAAUAAUUGAAGAAUACAUAAAACUUAAUAAUUUUAAUAGGUAACCAUCAAUAUUCUUAUUCAAAUGAAAAAGUUGAUGAAAAAAAGAGUAAUAAAUAAGCAAUUUAUAUAGACUCAUAUACUCAAAACAAAAAUUUGAUGAGCAUUUUAUUAAUUUCAUAUCCAAAUAGGAUGAAAAACUAUAAGGAAUGUUUGAUAAACCCAUAAUAAAAUGAAUUUAUCCCCAGAUAAUGUGGAAUUAAUUUCAUUGUGUGA